GAGCAACAAAGCCCCCUCCCAUAGAACAUGUGCGGUGAAAAAAAGAACACUGUAACUUUAAAUCGAGACAAGGCUUGAAGGAACCAAUGGAAUUAUGUGUGACUAAAGGUAACUGUAAACAAUUGUUCAAAGCGUAUGAGAAUUUUUGCUGUGUUAAGGGGUAUGCUAGCUUUGUGGAUUACCACCUAGCACCCACUUCUGCACAUGCAUGCAAAGCACAAAUAUCUCAACUCUGUGUGUGGGUCAGCUGUUGCACACCAGGUGAAGCACCCGGAUUUGGGAUAACACUGAGACAGCUCUGUCAGCCCGCUGUGGCACAGAGAUCUUCAACACAGAUGGAAAAGUCAUUUUAGCGUGUGCUCUACAGACCCAGUGCUACCGUGUGGGGUCAGCAGUGCUUCUGUCCACGCACUCUGUGUAUGCAUCUCUUUCAUGGAUUCAUACGUUCUGAAGAGCAUCUUGUCAGCAAAAGUUACUGGGUUGCCGAUGGUAAGAAGUGACAUGAGGCUGCGGACCUACUAGGGGAAGAAGAAGAGAAGACUGAGACAUUAAGCUGUAGUCUCGGCUUGGGCGAACGAAGUGUGUGAUAAGAGAUAUACCUUUCUCGUGCUCAUGCAAAUCCACUUUUGAUGUACAAACCUCAUCCCAACCUUUCAUAAACCUUACUCACCUACUGUGACUUCAUUGCAUACAAACUUGUGAACACAUGAAAUAUGCUGUGAGUCAAAAGGGCAGAGGUAUUGUUAGAAAGCAUUGCCCAGCGGUGUGUUUGCAUGGGUGGAGCAUGCCUAUAAAAGCUUGUGAACCAGCCCUGGCCUCUUCCAUGAGUGGGCUUCUGUCCGUCCAAGUUGCAAAAUGCUGGUGGCAAUGCUGCUUCUCUUCUGCUGCUGCUUGGGCCCUGCUGCAGCUGGGAAACUGCUGGUGGUCCCAAUGGAUGGCAGCCACUGGCUCAGUAUGAAGGAAUUGCUGGUCGAGCUGAGCAAGAGAGGGCAUGAAAUAGUUGUUAUUGCACCAGACAGCAAAAUACUGAUAGAUUCCUCGGUAAUAUAUGAAUUGAAAACGUAUCCUGUACCUUUCAAAAAGGAAGAGAUGGAAGAACUUAUGCGCUCAUUUAGUGCAAGCUGUUUCAGUGAAGAGCCUUUUCUGAUCAGAUUUUUGAAUACUUGGGAUCAUUUCCGAAAGAGCUCUGCCAUGUUUCAAGCUUCCUGCAGUUCCUUACUGUACAACAAAGAGAUGAUGAAAUACAUUGAAGAAGGUAAAUUCGAUGCCAUCUUUACAGAUCCUUUAUCACUCUGUGGACAGAUAAUUGCUUUGUACUUUUCUAUCCCUACUGUUUUCUUCUUGCGGGGCAUCCCAUGUGCUAUAGACAUUCACGCUGCUCAGAGUCCGGACCCACCAUCCUAUGUCCCACGAAUGUUCUCACUCAAUACAGACCAUAUGACGUUCUCUCAGAGAGUGCAGAACUUCCUGAUUAGCAUUUCAGAGUCUUUCACCUGCAGUAUGAUCUUUUCACCAUUUGAAAGCUUGGCCUCGGACUUUCUCAAAAAGCCAAUGACAAUUACACAGCUUCUAAGUCAUGGAUCCAUUUGGCUGAAGAGACUUGACUUUGUUUUUGAAUAUCCCCUGCCUGUAAUGCCCAAUAUGAUUUUCAUUGGAGGCAUAAACUGUGGGCAGAAGAAACCAUUAUCUCAGGUCAGUGACUGGCUGGGAAAGGCAUAACAAGGGAAAAGUUUUGGCAGUCAUACACCUGCAUGAUCUGAGUGAGCUUUAAUAAUGUGUUUGAUAUGGACGUUUACCUAAAGACAUAAUUUAGAUUAAUGCUUUCUGUACAGCUGAUCCACAGGAAAAACAGACCAGGAGAAUCAGAUGUGAUUCCAUCUCCUUUCCUUCAGGCAGCCCAACACAGGGAAUUUUUUUGGUGAGGGGGUCAUGUGCUAUGCUGUGUUAAAUUCUAGCUGAAGUCAGGUACACAAAUACCAUCUCACCCAGGGAUCAAUGCAAAAAGGACAGGUGAAUUAUAACGGCUCUUCAAAAAAUCCUUUGCCUCACAUAUGAGGUAGUAGAAUAUUUCUUCAAGAGCAUUAGCUCCUUAUCCAGUCAGAAAAAUAACUCACUACUGAGUUAUGUGCAAUAGCAUCAUGUGCUCCUUUCUGUAACAGCAGUCUUGUGUUUGAGUUGAAGGCUAGUAUUUUGUGGUGAAGGUUUUGGUGUGACAACAGCUUCCAUCACAAAAAUUAGACAGCUGAAUUUGCAACUGCAUUUUUAGGAGAUGUCCAGUUUGGAUAGGGAAAUGUUGAUGGGUGGUUGCUUGGGCAUUCAUAGUCUAAAAAGUACUUGAUAAAGGCAUGGAUGUGAUGUAUAUUAGCUUGUUGGUUCUCACGAUAUAUGUUAGCUUGUAGCUGCAUGUGGUGCAUAUUCUUGCUUGCUUGUGCUUUAAGUGGAACAUCCUCAUGUGAAGCCAGAGAUCAAGUGGAAAAGGAGAUAUAGGAGGAGACAGCUCUCCUCAGCAGCUGAGGAAUCUGUAGUUAGUGUCAUCUAGCCAUUUCAGGAAUAAAUCACAUAAUUUCCUAGAAAGAACAAAGUUUUAUCCUUUGUGAACGUUACUUAAAAAUAAAGACUCUCCUCUAUUCUUCCCUUGAUUUAUUUUCACUUGCUAGCCUUCCCUGAGUCUUAGGGCAUCGGUUCCUCCUGCCUCUCACCACUCUUACUCUUCUCCCAAAUCCAUAGGCCUUUGUGAACAUGAAUGAGUCAAGCUUCACAGAAAACAGAUUUGCAUUUUACAAGCCUGGCCAUUUUCCCCAGAGCCAACCCUAAAUGCCCUCAGGCUUCACCUGGUACUUCACCUCUUGCUGCCUGUUAAUUUCUGUUGAGCUGAUAGUGUUCAUAUCUUGCUUUUUCACAAAAGUGUCUUUCAAAUUGCCGUCAACCCCCCACAUGGCCACUUUCAUCGCGGUAGAGUUUUUUCCUAUCUCUUCUGUCAUGAGAGCUGCUUAAUGGCUCCUCAGGGACAAAUCCAGGCAGAUCCUCUGGGAAAGCUGCAAGACAAAUCCUGCCUGCAGGCAAGGAUAUGUAGGAGCCUCAGCUUGAAAUCAGACUAUCCUCUGAAGACAAACUCACUCUCACACUCCAGCAGCAAUACGUAUUGCAGAAGUACUGAUUGUUCAGUCCUGGUUUCUUGGUGUCUUCCAGCUAUGCUUCUGAAUUACACAGGUACAUCUAACAGCAAAAUAAAAUCCUGUGGUUUGACAAGUUUGUCAGAAGUACUCGCUAGCUGCUCAGACAUGGUAUUUUACUUCUAGUUUUUCAUCUGAAGUACUGCCAGCGCUUACCAUUGAAAAUCAAUGCUGGUCUGAACCAAGAGGACUAUUACUGGCUACUUCUGUCCAAGCUUUGGUGUAUUUAAUUAGGUACACGGGGAACUGAGUGGCUUUUUCUUCCUGUUGCUCCUGGAAGAAGAAUAUGGUCAAAAGAGGCACAGAGAGAUAGGCCAGGAUGAGAACGAAGAAGUUACAUGCAUGACAGCAUGGAUUCAGUGUUUUUCCUUCACUGAUACAAACCUCGGCUGCAGUGUUGCUUAUUUUAAUAAAUUUGUACCUGGUGUUGUACCUGGCCCCAGUGCUGAGCUUUAUGUAAAUCACAGAGCCUCCUCCUCAGGAUUUGCA